AAUUAAGUAGAAUUUCCAAAAAUUCAGAUUUGGGACUUUAAAACUUUCCACCUCCUCUUAUAAACAGACACAAAUCCCUAAAUUUUUCAAGCACGAUACUUCAUACUUGAUAGAGACAAACUUAAUUUUUAGUGUAUAUAUUAACCAUGCAGGAAUUUCUGGUUGCUAGUUCAUGGUUGCUCAGGAACGAGAUGUUAAUUUAGCUACAUAAUAUUGCUGAUUAUCUCAGGUUAUUCUGAGGUCUCUCGUGUCUGCAGCAGGGAAUUUUCUAUGCCAAACCCUUCCAAACAGCAGUGGUAAGAAACUUGUGGUUGUUCUCUAUAACCCUUCCCUAAUCUGAUGGCUCCCAACUAUGUUGGAAUUACAUCUUCCAGAUUACAGAAAGCUACGUUAAAGGAAUUCAAGAAUUAUCAGAUGAGACUGAGCUGAGCUAUUGCUGACUCCACAGUUUAUGGUAUUUCAGGAAAAAUGGACAAGCUCUUGGGAAGGAUGUGGUUCCAGCUGCUUCUGUUCUCCCUGCUUUUUAUCUUAGGCCAAGGAAAGAAAAUUAACCGCUGUGUGGCUUCUAGGGCAAAAAGCUGCACUGAAUGCAUCCGAGUGAGCAGCAACUGUACUUUUUGCACAGAUGAGAACUUCAAAGGUAUCCGUUGUGAUUUGGAAGAUAAUCUAAGGAUCUAUGGCUGCCAAAACAACAUAAAACUGAAGUCUGGAGAGUUAUUAAAGACAAGGGAUUUCCAAAUUGAUACAACUUUGAAGAAAGCACAAGUAUCUCCACAGCACAUAUCACUCAAACUGAGAGCGGGUGAUGAAGUAAACAUUGUCAUGAAGGUGUUUGAGCCCACUGAAUUUCCUGUGGACCUCUACAUUCUUAUGGAUUUUUCAUAUUCCAUGUCUGAUGACUUGGACAAUCUGAAAGAAAUGGGUCAGAAGCUUGCAAAUUUCUUGAGGGAGGUGACGGAUGACUAUACUAUUGGUUUUGGCAAAUUUGUGGACAAAGUUACAGCACCACAGACAGACAUGAGGCCCACAAGAUUGCGGGAACCUUGGUUUAAUGCUGAUCCGCCUUUCUCUUUUAAGAAUGUCAUCCGUCUAACCAAUGAUAUUAAUAAAUUCAGCCAGGAACUGAUGAAGGAACGUAUAUCAGGGAACUUGGAUGCUCCUGAAGGUGGCUUUGAUGCUAUAUUGCAGACAACUGUUUGCAAGGAGAAUAUUGGAUGGCGGAAUGACAGUGCUCAUCUCCUGGUCUUCUCCACUGAGUCGGCUUUCCAUUACGAAGCUGAUGGCGCCAACGUCCUUGCUGGAAUCCUGAGAAAGAACGAUGAAAAAUGCCACCUGAAUCAAGCAGGGACUUACACCUUUGAUACCAAGCAGGAUUACCCCUCUGUGUCUACCCUUGAGCGCCUGCUGAGGAUGAGUAACAUCAACCCUAUUUUUGCGGUCACCAACCACUCCUAUGAUUAUUAUGAGAAACUGCAGAAAUAUUUUGCAAAUUCUGAAAUUGGGAGGCUUCAAGAAGAUUCUUCUAACAUUGUGGAAUUGAUCCGUUUGGCUUUUAAGAACAUUCGUUCCAAGGUGGACGUUCGAGUUUAUGAUAUCCCAAAAGCCAUGAAAACUGAAAUAGCCUUACAAAAUGAAAAUAUAGUGUCUGGUUCAUUACAUAAUGUUCAAGGUGUAUUGAAAACCUUCAAUGUGCAUUUGAAAACUAAUCACUUUGAUGACAAGCAUAUCUGUGAUCUCCCAGAGAAGGAACGGAAAGGUAUUAUCCACAUUAAGCCCUCCUCUUUCGGUGACACAAUGGAGAUUGAUGCCUCAAUUCUCUGUGACACCUGCUCCUGUGAAAAGAAUCAGGAAGUUAGCUCACUAAAGUGCUUUAACAAUGGAAAUUUUGUUUGUGGACGAUGUGUGUGCAAUCCAGGCUGGCGGGGGGACCUGUGUAAUUGCUCAACAUCCUCCAUAACUGAUACUUCAGCCUGCACACGACCUGGAGAUGAAGAACCCUGUUCUGGCAAAGGCGAAUGCCUUUGUGGGGCCUGUGAGUGUUAUUCUGAAGAUCUCAUCCAGCGUUAUGAAGGACGGCAUUGUGAAUUUGACACCUUGCAGUGUCCCCGCACUUCUGGAUUCCUCUGCAAUGACCGGGGACAAUGCUACAUGGGCCAGUGUGCAUGUGAAGCUGGUUGGGAAGGCCCCGGCUGUGAAUGUCCCACAAGCAAUGAAAUCUGUGUCAGCAGCAAUGGGCUGAUUUGUAAUGGACGAGGGAGAUGUGAAUGUGGUAUAUGCCUCUGUGAUAACCCCACUGCCCAUACUGGUCCCACCUGUGAAACUGGAUAUUCGGCUUUCCAGCGGGUAUGUGAGGAAGAAUUCCGAAGUUGUGUCCAGUGUCAGGUUUGGCAAACUGGAGAGAAGAAGGGACAGAAAUGUUCAAAGUGCCAGUUCAAGAUCAAGCUGGUGGAUGAAUUGGAUCAAGGUCACAAGUGUACCUUUCAAGAUGAGGAAGAUGAUUGCAUUUACCAUUACACUAGGGAAGAAGACACCAAUCAAUCACAGAACAAUACUGUUCUUGUGCAAAAGAAGAAAGAGUGUCCACCAGGAAGUUUUCUUUGGCUUAUACCCCUACUCAUUUUUCUGAUAUUACUCCUGGGGUUGCUGCUCCUCCUAUGCUGGAAAUACUGUGUUUGUUGCGAGAGGUGUUUGGCGUUGCUACCCUGUUGUGCACGAGGUCGUAUGGUUGGUUUCAAGGAGGACCACUAUCUGCUCAGACAGAGUCUGAUGGCAUCAGAUCACCUGGACACCCCAAUGGUGCGCAGCGGUAAUUUGAAAGGGAGAGACAUAGUCCACUGGAAGAUCAGAAACAAUGUGCACAAGCAAGACUACUCAUCCUUCGCCCUCAAUCCCAAAGAUAUCAUUCCACAUGGGCUCUCUCUCAGAUUGACACGGCUCUAUACCCAAAAUCUUACAAAACUGGAUAGCCGUGAACAUGAGCACGUGCAGAAAGAGGUGGAGGAAAAUCUGAAUGAGGUGUACAGAGUAAUCCCAGGUGUCCAAAAGUUCCAGCAGACAAAAUUCAGGAUUCAGCCAAAUGCUGGAAAAAGAUGCCCCUUUUUGUGGGAUAAUGCCCACGGCCUGAUUGAGUUUCAGGAAGGGGUAGAGCUGGUGGAUGUUCGGGUCCCCCUCUUCAUCAGGGAAGAGGAUGAUGAUGAAAAACAGCUGCAAGUAGAUGCUGUUGAUAUUCCUGUGGGCACUGCGCAAUUUGGUCGUCGCCAGGUCAACAUCACCAUAAUAAAAGAGCAAGCAAAUAGCAUCAUUAGCUUCCUGGAGCCGGUGUAUUCAUACAGCCGCUUUGACCAGCUGGCUAAGAUCCCUGUGGUUCGAGAAAUAUUGGAGAAGGGAAAAUCCCAGAUAACAUACAGGACACGAGAUCUCACAGCUCAGCAAGGCAAAGAUUAUGUUUUUACGGAGGGUGAUCUGAUCUUCCUGCCUGGAGAGAAGCAGAAGGAAAUGCAAGUCAAAUUGGUGGAGUUGUCAGAGAUUGAUACUCUCCUUCGAAACCAGCAGCUGAAACAAUUCGCAGUAGAUCUCAUCAACCCCAGGUUUGGGGCAAAAGUUGGCAAAUACCCUCAAACCAUAGUGACAAUUGUUGAUCCAGAAAAUGUGCAUGAGAUAUCAUCAGAGGUUCAGUUUCCAUAUUCUCCUAGAGGCAUUCUUGCAGCACCUCUUAAUCCAAAUGCCCAAGCGUUAAGCUCUAGAAAGAUCCGCUUCAAUUGGUUGCCCCCUCCAGGCAAACCAGCAGGAUAUAAGGUAAAAUAUUGGAUCCAAGGAGAUCCUGAAUCAGAGGCUCAUCUGCUUGAUUCCAAAGUACCUUCGGCAGAGCUGACCAAUCUGUACCCCUACUGUGAUUAUGAAAUGCAGUCCUGUGCCUAUAACGCUUUGGGUGAAGGGCUUUAUUCUAAGGUGGUCCACUGUCGGACACUUGAGGAAGUUCCCAGUGAGCCUGGGCGCUUGGCUUUCAAUGUCAUCUCCUCCACCGUGACGCAGCUGAGCUGGGCUGAGCCUGCAGAAACAAACGGCGUGAUCACAGCUUAUGAGGUCAGCUAUGGACUCGUCAACGAGGAAAACAGACCCGUUGGCCCCGUAAAGAAAGUCUUGGUGGAGGAGCUGAAGAAGCGGAUGGUUCUGAUUGAAAAUUUACGGGAAUCACAGCCUUACCGCUAUACAGUGAAGGCCAAGAAUGGAGCUGGAUGGGGGCCAGAAAGAGAAGCUACUAUUAAUUUGGCUACACAGCCAAAACGCCCUAUGUCCAUUCCUAUCAUUCCUGAUGUACCAAUAAUUGAUGCACAAGGAAGAGAAGACUAUGACAGCUAUCUAAUGUACAGCACAGAUGUAUUGCGUUCACCAGCUGGUAGCAAGCACCCCAGUGUCUCAGAUGACUCUGGCUCUCGGCGGAAAUAUGUGCAGCUGCUGGGGGACGAGCUGGACCUUCGUCACGUCACCUGGAGGCUCCCAGUAGAACUGAUCCCUCGUUACUCGGACAGCAGUUGCUUUUCCUCGGACACAGAGGGUUUCCUCCAUGAGGGUAGCACCCCCUCUGAGCUAGUGGACAGUGAUGCAACCAGCGGCAGCCUACCAAGGAAUGGGACUUCCCAGCCCCAACCAGAACAUCUGAUGAAUGGCCGACUGGAUAUUGCCUUCCCUGCUGGUAGUGGAAGUUUAACCCGAAAUCAUCUAAGUCCACAUGUAUACCACGAGAGAAGAGUGAUCGGAAACUCAUCGUUAACAAGAGAGUAUACCACGGUGUCUGGACAUGACCCAUCCAAGAAUGUUUUCUCUCCCAUAUAUGAAGAAACUAGAAGGAUACCCCAGAUCCCACAGGAUGUGGGCUUUAGGAGGGCAAAUGUGAUGGGUUACUCUGACAGCAGUGAUGCUCGGGAUUCUAUAGUCAUGACUGAUGGGCCUUCUUGGAUUUCCAAAUACCUAGAUUCUAGAAUGCAGCUUCUGAAUGUUCCGGACACUCCUACUCGCUUGGUGUUCUCUGCCCUGGGGCCAACCUCCCUGAAAGUCAGCUGGCAGGAACCCCACUGUGACAAAGAAGUACAAGGAUACAGUGUGCAAUACCAGCUUCUCAAUGGAGGCGAAAUAAAACGACUUACAAUUCCCAAUCCAAUGCAAAACUCUGUGGUGGUGGAUGAUCUGUUACCUAACCACUCCUAUGUCUUCAAAGUGAAGGCCCAAAGUGAUGAGGGAUGGGGUCCAGAAAGAGAAGGUGUGAUAACUAUUGAGUCACAGGUGGAUCCACGCAGCCCUCUCAGUCCUGUGCCAGGGUCACCAUUUACCCUGAGCACUCCCAGUGCCCCAGGGCCUCUCGUAUUCACAGCCCUGAGUCCAGACUCGCUUCAGCUAAGCUGGGAGAGACCCCGCCAACCCAAUGGCUUAAUUCUGGGCUACAUGGUCACUUGUGAGACCCUGCAAGGUGGAGAGGAACCCAGGACUAUCUAUGUGGAGGGGGAUAACCCAGAGACCACCCUUACAGUGCCUUACCUGAGUGAAAAUGUUCCAUAUAAGUUCAAAGUGCAAGCCAAGACCACUCAAGGCUUUGGCCCUGAAAGAGAGGGCAUUAUCACCAUUGAAUCUCAAGACGCAGGAGUAUUCUCUCAAUAUGGAACACAUCAAUUCACCAGGGAGGAAGUAUUCAAUCUCCCUACAGAAUACAACACCCAAACAAGCAUCACUCACUCCCUACUGGAUCCUUUAUAUGCAGAUGGGAUGCUGAUGACUACUCAGCGAGUGGAGAGUGGCGGCACCCUUACCAAACAGAUCACCAAAGAAUACAUCACCAGCACAAUGUCCAGCAAUAGUGGGACAUUCUCCAGACAGACAGAGAGACAAUUUUAUGAAGCUUAAAUCCACAAGGAAACUGCCAAAAAGACACUCAAAUUUCAACAAGAUAUUCUGUGGCCAUCUUUCAGAUGGAAGCAGAUGGCAUCCUCUGUGCUCCAUUAGUCCCAAAAGCUACUCACUGGCCAUUGCUUUUCAAAUACCACCAGGUGGUAUCUGCACACAGCCUAGCUGGUAACCUAGCAUCUUGUGAAAGGAGCUUUUAGCAGAACACUUGGUUAUGAAACUCUCUUGGCUAGUUCUACUCUUGAGUCCAACUCAUAAGUAUCUGCUUUGCUGCUCUGGAUUUGGUUUGAAAUCUUUACCUCAGACCAUUCCUUUUAACUUUGCAUAGGUUAACUGAAUUGUUUCCUCUUUGUUGAUGUUAAAAUCAUCCUCAGUUUUUUUCUUCUUCUGAGCUCCGAUAACAUCCUGUUUGUCACAUACAUUUCUUGCAAUGCAGGGGAAUUAGUCCAAUUGUUAUAUAUAUGAUAAGUACAAUCCCCUGCUGUGCAGUAUAUAGGAACUCAUUGGCAGAUUAACAAAAAUACUGUUGCCUAUUUUAUGAUGCAAGGUUGCUAAAAUACAGUAGUGGCCAAAAUUGUGGAAACCUUUUGGGAAAAGUAUACAGUAGAAAUGCCACUUUUGGUUAAGU